AUGGGUUCCACAGUCGAUCAGAAAAGACCUACCAGACCAAAAAUUACGAAGAAGACCGCCAACAACCAUCAGCUUGACAAGAAACGAAUUCAAAACCGUACCUCGCAACAAUGUCUACGAGAGCGAAAACAAGCGCAUACGCGCCAUCUAGAGUCGCUGGCCGAACUCAUGGUGGUUUCGCAAAAUGACGGCGAUGAUCCCCAGAAACAAAACCAAGCCCUUGUUGCAUGCAAUCUCAAGUUGAUCGAACAGAAUCGACAAUUGCAGGAUGCGCUGUUCCGCAUGAAGAAGAAGCUCUUGGGGGUGAGUAACAUAGCCAUUGCGGCUGCGAGUAUGUCUCCCGCCCACGCUAAUGACGAAAUAUUCGAUUCGCUCGUCGGAAACGAGGGCAAUAAACCAAAGGAUCGAUCAGAUUCAUUCAAUGAUGAAGAUGUGAACGAUGAGCCCAACAUCAACAAGGGCCAGGGACCAGCGACAUAUAAUCACACAAGCAUCAGGGUUAGUGGCUCGUUGGCUCCUUCUGGUGAGCCCACAACUCUCCAUCAUGAUGCUUCUCAGCGAACAGAAUUGCUCGAAACUUGCGAAGAAUUGUCCUAUUCCCAGAGUUCCCCUCAAUGCUCCCCUUUUGACCCGCCCUCCUUCGCAAUGUCAAAUUCUCUAAUGCAGCCCUUCACUUUCCCCUCACCAUUAAAAAAGGCAGGAUUUAAGUGUGUGCCUACCACGAUGGUAGGGCAACUUAUGAAAGUCUGCAAAGGAUAUCUACAACAAAGCUCAGAUGCUAGUUCGGAAAUCCCUAAAUGGAACGAAGUGGGAACUUUCAACCACGAAAGCCCAAGAAUCCCGCUUGUGGAUAGGCUGCGAGAAGUCGUAGUGCAUAUUCUGGCGAGCUGGGCUGGCCUCGAGUCAUACCUCUAUGGAAUUGGCGUUUUUCAACACAUGGAGCGGGUCGUCCAAUGGCGUCUCACACGAUCACUAGAGGACCGCCUCGCUAUCCCUGAGCCAUUCCGCCCUACACCACUCCAGCUGAACUCAGAUUACCCGGUCUGUAUCGACUUUCUAAACUGGCCCACAAUCCGGGAUCAGCUCAUUCUGCGAAAGGAUGACGGUGACCUCGGGGUCUUCAUGCGCGAUAUCGUCAUGAACACAGUGAUCGAGUUUCCCACUUUGAAUGCGUCUGUGAAUAUCCACGACCUCUUUUACAACAAGAUCUCGCCCGGGGGUCUGAUUCCCGAUUUUGUGUGUUCCCCAAAGAUUUCAGGGAAUGAUGAUUAUGACAAUUUGUCUGAAUGCCCAGCGGCAACGGACUCGGAGUUCGCGGAGAAGCUCAUCCGACGAGAUCUCCACCAAAGACUGGUGCAUGGGCUGUGUCCUCUCACUGAAGAUGUUUGGCAAUCGAUUUUGUGCGGUGUCUAUCUCCCAGCCCAGCCUGUAUUUGCAAGGCCGCCCCUUAACCUGUUGGCUGGUUGCUAUGGUAUUGAUCAAGUGACCAAAUGGAAACUGAGUCCGGCCUUUGCCAGAAAAUAUCCAUCUAUCGACUGUGUAGGAGUGACGGCAAAUUUCGAAAUGAUACAAACCUCACAUCUGCCAGGACUGUGA